UCCUUGCUCCCUGUCUUGUCUUCCCGCAGCCCAUCAGCAAUGCCGACUUCAUCGUCCCGGUGGAGAUAGAUGGCACCGUUCAUCAGGUGUACGUGCUGAAGAGGCCGCACGUGGACGAGUUCCUCCAGAAGAUGGGGGAUCUCUUUGAAUGCGUCCUCUUCACAGCGAGCUUAGCCAAGUACGCUGACCCUGUGGCGGACCUCCUGGAUCAGUGGGGGGUGUUUCGCGCCCGGCUCUUCAGGGAAUCCUGUGUUUUCCACAGAGGAAACUACGUCAAAGACCUCAGCCGGCUGGGCCGAGAGAUCAGCAAAGUCAUCAUCGUAGACAACUCACCUGCCUCCUACAUCUUCCACCCUGAGAACGCAGUGAGUGAAACUCCUGUGGUUACUUCUGGAGCAUAGUGACAUCACUGUGUAAC